CCCGUUGAUGCCGAUGGUCGUUUUGCCAGGGAUACGGAACGGAUGGCGUCGUGAUUACGAUUAGGAAACUAUGUUGCUUUGAGGUCCUCGCGUGUUUUUCUCUACACUGCGGGUCUCACGAUCACAAGCGGCCAGUAUUGGAUCAUCAAACAGAGGAAGAACGUGAGAGGUCCUGAAGAUGAGUUCUCAUCAAUAUCCACGUCCACGACUCCCAUCUGGACUGGGACAUGGACAAACACCAGGCCGUAACACUAUAGGACUUCCAGGAAGUCAAAAGAACACUGGACAUGAAGACUCUAAUCAUGCUCCACGUGACAUGUUGUCCAGCGGAACUGUAGCGUUCAAAGAUGACAAGCAGGAGACCGUAGUGGUACGACCCUACCCCCAACCCCACAGUCAUCCCCUACCCUAUGGAAAAGCCCUGACUCUGCCCCCUUCACUCCUUCAGCACCUCCCUGCCCAGCAAAGCACGCCUGUCUCUGUGUCGGCAGCACCGUCCCACAUCCAUCAGGGUCUUUCCCUAGCCUUCACUGAGGGUCAUCUAAAGUCUGCUCUAAAGACAACACCAGGCCAUCUCACUUUCCCCCCAAAGGUGCCCGGUCAUAUCACUGCUACCUUGGAGACUACGCAGGCAUCCGGUAUACCUGUAGCAACCAUCAGUGGUCAGCAGGGUCAAACUGGUAACCUACAUCAUCUGACCAAUGUUCAGAUCAUCCGCAGUGGAGCUCCUGCACUGCAGAUUGGAUCCUCUGCGACACCUCAGCAUCCCUUCACCUCUCAUUUACCCAGAGGAGCUGCUGCUGCUGCUGUAAUGUCAAGUUCCAAAGGAACUACAGUGCUGAGACCAGCAGCUGGUCUGAGCUCUGCCACAGGCCAGCCUUCUGUCCAGCACAUUAUUCACCAACCAAUUCAGUCCCGGCCCAUAGUAACUACCUCUACAGCAGUGCUGCCUACAGUAGUGCCAGUGACUGCCACCAGACCUCAGUCUCCGGUUAUCACCACAGUGGCUGCCCACUCUGGAGACAUGUUACAUGGUCACACAGCACUGACAAUCCACCCUUCCCAAGGGACACUAAGUAUCCAAAGACCUCCACCCACAUGGGACACACCCACACGGAUCAACCUGCCCCCCCACCCAGCCAUUGCUGCUCAGAAAGCCCUGCCUCACUCUGUUGCACAGAAGCCCAUUUUCAGCACUGUGACACCUGUUGCUGCAGCAACUGUUGCUCCAAUUCAGGCUACUAACACGUCACCAUCACCCACUACAACAGGCUCCAUGCCCCACACACAAGUAUCCAGUAGCAACAUUGUCACUAUGACGGUGGCCUCCCACUCCUCCCAUGCCACAGCAGUGACCACAUCCACCAUCCCUGUGGCUAAAGUGGUCCCGCAGCCCAUCACACACACAUCACCACGCAUACAGUCUGAAUACCCUGGAGAGAGGGGCAACCUCAUCCCUAUUUCUGGUCAUCGCUCCUCUCCCAACCCCAUCUCCAUGGAGAACCGCACUGACAACAGACAAUCUGUUCCAGUGCAGUUCCAGUAUUUCCUGCCCACCUACCCAUCAGCACCGUACCCUCUGACCCACACUUACACCCCCAUCACCAGCUCUAUGUCGUCAAUACGCCCAUAUCCAGGAACACCUCAAGCCCCCAGUGCAGCCAUGCCUGCCCAAACUGGUGUAGGAGUUGCAUCUACAGUUCAUCUGAAUUCUAUGCAGCUGAUGACAGUGGACCGCAUCGCCCAGAUAAACACCCAAAAUAUCCAACCAGCUGCCAUGGCAGCACAGGGCAUCCAGCCCACACCCAUCCCGGCACAGGGCCUGCAUACGUCUGCCCAGAUCACCACCCCGAGCAUUCAGCCUAUACCAGUCAACCAACAAAAACCCCAGACCGAGUCCAAGGCCUCAGUUGUGCUGGCCGAUGGUUCCACACUAGUGGCUAACACUAUCAGCAACCCAUUCAACAACAAUCAGCCUGCCACCACUGUGACACAGACACACAAUCAGAGUGCCAAUUCUGGAGCCCCCUCACUUGUAACUUCCCCUCGACCUAGCAUUCUGCGCAAGAAACCUGCCAAUGAAGGCGUGGCUGUUAGGAAGAACCUGAUCCCAGGUCAGCUCAGUGAGUCUACAACCCCCAGAAUUGAUGGAGCCAUCAGGAGUACAUCAGCAUCACCUCGCCCUGUAGGAGUGAAGCCCAAACCUGACAUUCUCAUGAGUCUCGCUCCAUCGGUUACUGCGGCAGUUGAAUCUAUUCCUAUUCAGGGCGAUGAACAGCAACCACAACACCUGGCGCCACCUCCCUCUCAGCUUGCCUCACAACCUCUCCUCUCCCUUUUGGCUUCAGCCACGCCUCCCUCUCAGCCCACCCCUGCUAUCUCAGCCCUACCUGCUGCCAUGGCAGUCACCUUGCCAGUGCCCUCUAUGGCCAAUGUAGUGGCCCCACCCACACAGCCAGCAGUCAGUACCACAUCAGCAUGUGGUAUCAGCUGCACCCUCCCCGAGAUGAAUAUUAAGCAAGAGGAGGAGCCUAUCGAUACUGCAAAACCAGUGGCAUCAGGGCCCAACAGCGAUGCACAGAUGUUAGCAGUACAUGCUAAAGACAUCACCCUAGGAGCCUCGCCCAGGAAGAAGCCCCGGAAGCAGCAACACGUCAUCUCCACUGAAGAGAGUGAGAUGAUGGAGACCAACAGCACAGAUGAGGAGAAGUUCCCAUCCAAACCCCUCAGCCAGCGUGCAAUGAAACGCAAGUCCCCUCCCAAAGAAUACAUUGAUGAGGAGGGAGUUCGGUAUGUUCCCAUCCGAGUUCGACCUCCGAUCACUCUGCUACGACACUACCGCAACCCCUGGAAGGCGGCGUACCACCACUUUCAGAGAUACAGCGACAUCCGUGUCAAGGAGGACAAGAAGGGCACCCUGCAGGAUGUGGCUAAUCAGAAGGGAGUGGUGUGCAGAGCCCAGGGCUGGAAAAUUCACCUCUGUGCUGCUCAGCUCAUGCAGCUGACAAAUCUGGAGCAUGAUGUACUCAGUCGCCUCACGAGUCUCCAAGAAGGCCUCAUUCCGAAGAAGAAGGCCGGAGCUGAUGAUGAUCUUCACCGCAUAAAUGAGCUCAUACAGGGCAACAUGCAGCGCUGCAAGCUGGUGAUUGACCAGAUCACAGAAGCACGUGAUACCAUGUUGAAGGUUCUGGAUCACAAGGAGCAUGUCAUGAAGCUGCUCAACAAGAAUAGCAGCACCAAGAAGCUUAAUAAGCUGAAGCGUAAAGACAGGGCAUGAGACGGACAGGCUGAGCCACACUGAUCUGGUGUAAGGAGAGCUCAGCCUGCAGGGCAUGACCACAAAAUGUCACAAACCCAAGCCUCCUGCUCCAUGAUCUUAAGCAUGCAGACACACCGCCCUGCCUCACUGCUUGACAUCUACCUGGAGAGAUUUGGUUUGAGUCUACAUCUAAUAGCAAGACUGCUUGAAUGUCAUGUAAACAGAAAACAUCUUUAACUGGCAAGCCCCUUCUCUGCCAGCACUCAUAGACGCUAGGGAACUACAGUGUUAAGUUAUAUGAUUACUGCAAUAUAAAUCUUUUCCUGUAUCUUCUCUGAAAUAUUAAUGUCUGAAUGUAUCACUUGCAAUCCAGAAGUCUUAAAAGGAUAGUUCACCCGAAAAUGUAAAUUCAGUCAUUUACUCUUAUUUUGUUCCAAACUGUUGAACACAAGCAUAGACAUUAAGGAAAAUCUCAGAGCUACUCUUUUCCAUACAGUGAUAGUCGAUGUAAACCAGGGACAGCCUUGGUCACUUCCAUUUUAUGGAAAACAGCAUGAGGGUGAAUAUAAUAUGACUGAAUUUUCAUUUGCGGUGAACAAUCCAUUUAACUCUGUAACAAAUAGUUUAUUUUAGGAAGUUCCAUUUCAAAGUGAAUAACACCACUGAACCACAGAUAUCAGUAAAAGCAAUGCACAUUUUCAAGUCUAAUAGAGUAUAUUCAUCAGUUUUUCAAUUGGGUGCCUUGAAUGGUAACGUGGUAUUGACAGUUGUCUGUACUGUAUUAAGCACUCAAUUGCAAUAUUCUGUAAUGGGUGUUCAUCAUAUAGCAAGGUUCCCACUUUGUAUUGUAAGUGCUUAAAACAAUAAGAAUUGAGAAGCCAUAAUGAUACCAUCCGUGGUGUCCUAAGUGAACAAAAAACUAAGAAGUAUUUUACCAUACAUGUAUUGAGGGAUAUGUUAAAGGUGCUUUGGUAAAAUGGAGUAUUGUGCCUUUCUUUGUGCCUCAUAUAUAUAUAUAUAUAUAUAUAUAUAUAUAU